AUGUGGGCGGGCGGCGUCCUCGGCGUCGACUGCCCCGAGGUGUUCGCGUUCGCUCGGCACGUCUGGGGCCGCGCGGCCAGCCGCGUGGACGAGCUGCUGAUCGCGUCGCUGGGCGCGUGGCGGCCGCCGCUGCACGCGGCCGUGCUGGUUACGCUCUGGCUGGCCAGCAAGCUCGAGGGCAGCCGGCGCGGCGUCGCGGGCGCGGGGCGCCUGUGCGCGGCGACGGGGCUGUCGGGGUGGGGGGUGACGUCGGUUGAGAUUCACAUCCUGCAGGCCGUGGACUUCAGCCCCUACCGUGGCUGGUGA